AUGGCUCGACGAGGCAGAGGUAAAACCAAAAAGAAUAAGCUUCUACUGUCUUCUAACGAGGGAACUAUUCAGGAGCAUGUGGAUGUUGAUAAGGUUGAAAAACGACUCAGGCAAACAGCAUCUGAUCUUAAAUGUGAAGCCUUUUACGGGACAUGGAGAGAUGAGUUGCGAAUGGCAACAUUGGAACUUCAACAACGUUAUCUGAAGAGGAAGGCAGACUCUCAGAGCCUUAAUUGCUCAUCUGGACAAAUGCAGUGUGUGUGUUAUGGGCUGGGAUCCUUCUCCUCUUGUGCAUCGGGGCGCUACCAACUGGCCAUGUUAAUGCUGCUUUUAGAUGCAUUGGAGAUAAGGCCAAGUGACUGUUCAGUCUUUGAUCCUGUAUUUUCUUCUGGGGAGAAAGCUGUUUUAAGUAGAAUAGGACUUACAGUGUUGAUUGAAAAUGAGGAAGGAAAGCGGCAAGCCUUAAAACCCACAUUUUUUUAUUUGAUGCAUUGUGGGAAAGCGCUUUACAACAACCUCCUAUGGAAAAACUGGAGCAAACAACAUCUGACUGAAAUCUUAAUUGUCGGAAACAGUUUCUGUGGCAUGAAAGAAAGGACAAUUGAUAGGGAAUUUAACCGGGACUACAGAUACAUCAGCCAGAUAACAGCUGUAUGUAAAGAAAACCUUCUCCCUUGUCCGUCCCACAUGACCGACGUCUUCAGUGAUACUGCAGUCUUAACUUUUCCAGCCGGAGAUUUGGACAAACUUUCGGAGUCGACUUGGACAAACCCGUCUGAGCCACAGUAUGAAUACUGCAAAGAUUUAGAAAUUGUAUGCAAGGAUAGAACUGAGAUAAUCUAA